GGUCGACGUCAUUGCAACGUCUGCCCAGCCAGACGGGUGUUAGAAUGUCGGAUGUUUAUAUGAAGAAGUGUGAUUUCAACGUCAACUUCUUUCCGUUCAUUUAUCAAAACGAUAUUACAUUUCAAGCAGAAAUUUAAAUCCAAACGGCCCAAUUCAUAUAGCUAAAAUGCAAUUGCUCACAUCCCUCACACUUCUUCUAGCGGCUUUCGUUGAGCUCAGCUCCGCCCUUGUUUUAUCUCCAGAAUUGUACAAUUAUGAUGUUUGGGGGUCUGAUGGACUACGUACUGAGAAACUUAAGUCCUUGAAAGGAAUUAAGAAAAUUCUGAAGAAAUCAUCCAUCAUUCCUGAUGUUCUCGAUCCCUUUAUUCCAACCUGUUACAUUCUUCCCUCUUAUCCCCCCUCUCCUUCCUCGUCUUCCUUAAAGAAAGUAAAACUAGGCAAUAAACUCCUCCCCUCGCAAACUCAAUCCGCGCCCUCGAUCCAAGUUUUCUGUCCUGGAAAACAUCAUGUUCAGGGCGGUUUGACAAUCAUUCUUACAGAUCCGGACGCACCUUCGAGGGAUGAUGAUAGUAUGUCUGAGAUGUGUCAUUGGAUUGCGAGGAUUCCUGAGGCUGUGAUUGGGAAGGAAGGGGUCAGUGGGGAGUGGAGUGGGAGUGAGUUGGAAAAGGUGGGAGUUGUUGAUUAUAAAGCACCGGCGCCACCAAGAGGAACAGGAAAACAUAGAUAUGUAUUUGUAUUGUUAGAGGGUGAUAAUGUGGAUAUCGAAGGGCCUGAGGAAAGGAAACAUUGGGGUUUCGAGAAACCGGGAAGUGGGAUUAGAGAAUGGGCUGGGAGAGAAAAUCUGACAAUUAUAGGAGCGAAUUUUCUUUACGAAAAGUACCAUGAUGAGGGAAAGGAUAGUAAGUUCAGGACUCAGGGAUAAUUUUGAGCAAUGUUGAGAUGGACUAAGAAAUGUAUACAUAUCGGUUUUCUUCAUGGGCUUUCUUUUCAUUUAUUAUUAGGAUCUUCACGCAUCAAUUUCAAAUUAUUGCAUCUCAUUAUAACAAGGAAUUUACCAAUACAAGAUACACAAUCAUUAUCACGCACAGAUACA